AUGGCGGACGGAUCGAGAGACGCCUGGUGGAAGGACGCCAUCUGCUACCAGAUCUAUCCCGCGUCUUUCAUGGAUUCGAACGGAGACGGUCUUGGAGACAUCCCUGGGAUUCUGAGCAAGAUUGACUACUUGAAAGACCUUGGCAUCGAUGUCGUCUGGGUCUCGCCCAUCAAGGUCGACAUGGGGUACGACAUCUCAGAUUAUGAGAAGGUCUACCCGCCCUACGGCACGGUCAAGGACAUGGAGGAUCUCAUAGAAGCUUGCCACCAGAGAGGCAUGAAAAUAAUCCUGGACCUCGUCAUCAACCACACGUCAGACCAGCAUGCCUGGUUCAAGGAAUCGAGGUCUUCAAAAGACAACCCGAAGCGGGACUGGUACAUCUGGCGGCCUCCGCGGUAUGCCGAGGACGGCACACGCUUGCCGCCCACCAACUGGAGAAGCUACUUCUCCGGAUCGACAUGGGAGUUUGACGAGCACACGGGUGAGUACUACCUCCACCUGUUCGCCAAGGAGCAGCCCGACUUGAAUUGGGAGAACGAGGAAACGCGAAACGCAAUCUAUGACAGCGCCAUGCGUUUCUGGCUUGACAAGGGCGUGGAUGGCUUUCGCGUGGACUGCGUGAAUAUGUACUCUAAAGGGGUCGAGUUCAAGGACGCUCCUAUCGUUGACCCCCGGUUCUACGAACAGCCGGCAUGGCUGUACUACGCCAACGGUCCGAGAAUCCACGAAUUCCUGCGGGAGAUGAAUGAGAAGGUUCUCAACCACUACGGCGCCGUGACCGUCGGCGAGCUCCCGCACACGCCUGACCCGAACAAGGUGCUCCAGUACGUCAGAGCGAGCGAGAAGCAGCUGAGCAUGGUAUUCCAGUUCGACAUCGUCGACAUCGGCCAGGGCCGCGAGCACAAAUACCACUUUCAGGAGUGGAAACUGCCGCUGCUCAAGGGUAUUGUGGCCAAGUGGCAGCAGUUCAUCGAAGGCACCGACGGGUGGACCACCGUCUUCUGCGAGAAUCACGACCAAGGACGCUCCGUCUCGCGCUACACGUCCGACGCGCCGGGCGACCGGGCGCGCUGCGCCAAGCUGCUCAGCCUGAUGCUGUGCGCGCUGACCGGCACGCUGUUCCUGUACCAGGGCCAGGAGAUCGGCAUGGUCAACGUGCCGCGCGCGUGGCCGAUCGAGUACUACCGCGACAUCGAGUCGGUCAACUUCUACCGCGCCAUGGCGGCCCGCACGCGCGGCGACCCGGCCGAGCUCGACUACGUCAUGCGCAGCCUGCAGAUCCUCGGCCGGGACAACGCCCGGCUGCCGAUGCAGUGGAGCGCCGCGGCGCAUGCCGGGUUUACCGAGUGCGAGGCCGGGCCGUGGAUGAGGGUGCAUGAUCUGUAUCGCGAGAUCAACGUCGAGAGGCAGGUCAGCGAGGGGGAGGGGUCCGUCUUGGGGUUCUGGAAGAGAAUGAUUCGGUUCAGAAAGGAGCAUGCGGACGUGCUGGUGCACGGCGCGUUUGAGGCGUUUGCGAUGGAGGAUGAGAGCACGUUUGUAUUUGGGAAGAGGGCAGGCGGGAAGCGAGCGGCUGUAGUGCUCAACUUCACCGGUGAUGAACAGGCGGUUGCGCUACCGGAGUAUGGGGGCUUGGAGUUUAAGGUUGGGAACUAUGAUGACGCGGCGGAACUGGAGCGGAGAGCCGAAGAGAGAGGCGGAACAAGGACGUUGAGGCCCUGGGAGGGGAGGCUCUAUUUGGCGUCGUGCUAG